ACAAAAAACUGUGUGUGAUGUUAUGCACAGUUCAACCUUCUCAACCUUCUGCGAAAUUAAAUUUAAGUGAAACUAACAAUAUAUCCUUUUAAUCAUGACUGUUGCAAAUUUGAGGAAGCGAUUAGAUGCCGUGUUAACAUUUCUGGAACCUUACUGGGAAUGGGUUAAUUGCCAUAUGGUAAAUUUCUUAACUGACAAUACAUGGGAAACGUUUGUACCCGCAGCUCUACAAAAGGAAGUAGUAGAUGCAUCCCAACUAGCUGCGUGUAUCGAAACAAUAUUUUGGUCAAAAGAUGUACAGAAGAGUAGUUUAGAAUAUCCAGAGUGUUAUAAGUUUGUUAAACUAACUCAACAGCACAGUCUGCAUAGCUUUGAUGACAUUUUACUCACUUUAGAUAAAUUUCGCGAAAUAAACAAUAUAGAAACAUAUAAUCAUUUAAACGUUAAGGAAUUUAUGAGCUUCAAAAAAAAACACGAGGUUGAAAUGACCGUAAAUUUAUUAUACGGUCUAUUGAAAUCGGAACCAAAAGAUGACGUUUUCAUAAUAGACGCUGGCGAUGGGAAGGGUUAUUUGUCCUCACGUUUGGCAUUGGAGUAUGGAUACAAUGUAUUGGGAAUAGACAGUAAUCAAUCAAAUACCGAAAGUGCUUUAGAACGUAACCGCAAGUUGCAAAAAGCUUGGCUGAGCCUAAAGGCGCGUGCGGAACUUGAAGGCUUAGAGCCGACGAGCAAGAAAGAGAAGCUAAAGAGAACGAAAGGGAUAGCUCCUUCUAAAACAGCGUCAAAUUAUAAAACAACUUCCCGUUUUAUAACAAACGAUUUGGUUUUCUCCCAUUUGCUGAAAGAGCAUUUUCCUGAUGCCAACUGCGCUUCAAGUAGUAUAUGCUUAACGGGACUACAUACUUGCGGCAAUUUAGCCUCCACCUGUCUGCGAGUAUAUCACUCCCAACCUGAAUGCAAAUUUCUGUGUAACAUUGGAUGUUGCUAUCAUUUGAUUAAAGAAAUGUACUCAAAUAGGGAAAGUUUUGCUAAUAUGGAGAUAAUGAAUCAGCAAACAGAGCCUGGGUUUCCAAUGAGUCAAUAUCUGCAAGAAAAGCAAAUUCAAUUAGGUCGGAAUGCUCGAAUGUUAGCUGCUCAAUCAUUAGAAAGAGUCUUAGCUGCCAAACAAAUGCCAAGUCCUUCGCUUUUCUAUCGAGCUCUUUUGGAGGCUGCUAUUCGCGAAGCUGAUCUUCAUUUCAAAGAGAAUAUCCAAAUUGGAAAAAUAAAAAACUAUCAUAAUUUUGAAGAGUACGCCACAGAGUGCCUUAAAAAAUAUCCUUUCUUACCAAUCAAAAUCGAAAGAGUGAAAUACAUACAACAAAAAUAUCAACACUCCUGUCGACAUUUGGAACUAUUCUAUAUGUUGCGCUUAUGCUUUUCUCCGGUUUUAGAAACUGUCAUACUAUUGGAUCGUCUUUUAUAUUUAUAUGAAUUGAAUUACACACAAAGUUACCUCAUACCUUUAUUUGAUCCAAUAAUAUCACCAAGACACUAUGCCAUUAUUUCCAUAAAAAAAUAAAGGGUGAAGUUUUUGA